AGCUCCGAGAGAGGCACAGAGCCGCACACUUGCACACACACUCACUCACUCACUCACACACUCACACGCACAGCGCUGCGAGCCAGAGCAUCGCUCCUCUCGCUUCUUUCCCGUUACCCGACGAACGACGUGGUGGGACUGCGAAGUUGCUCUAAGGAGCCGGGAUCGCUCGUGACGCACACCUGGAUACGCGCGCACGGAGCAACGAAGGGAGCAAAGCGCGUCGAUUUGGAACGCGAUCAUCAUGCAUCUCAAUCAGCACAUGCUCUUCGCCCUGUACGGCAUCUGCGGGAUCCUGCUGAAAGCGGCGGCAACGAAAAACAAAGUGAAAGGAGCCCAAGGCCAGUUCCCAAUUGUCCAGAAUGUGACAGUGACAGAGGGAGGGACAGCCAACUUGACCUGUCGCGUGGAUCAUAAUGACAACACCUCCCUCCAGUGGUCAAACCCAGCACAGCAGACCCUCUUCUUUGGGGAUAAGAAAGCUCUGAGAGACAACCGGAUUGAUUUGAUCCGAGCCUCAUGGCAGGAGCUCACCAUCAGCAUCCGCGAGGUUGCGCUCGGAGACGAAGGGCUAUACACUUGUUCUCUCUUCACCAUGCCUGUCAAAACAGCCAAAGCCUAUCUGACUGUACUGGGGGUACCAGAGAAACCAGAGAUCAACGGUUUUACUAAGCCAGCCAUGGAAGGAGACCAGCUCACACUGACAUGCGUGACUUCGGGCAGCAAGCCAGCCGCAGACAUCAGGUGGUUCAGGAACGAGAAGGAGAUUAAAGGAGCAAAAGAGGUAAAUGCCAGCGGGAAGACAUUCACGGUCCGGAGCUCGGUGCAGCUGAAGGUGGACAGGAAUGAUGACGGUGUGGCCUACACAUGUAAAGUGGUCCACGAGGCACUGCGGUCUAUCCAACAGCAAGCAACCGAGGUGUUGGAAGUGCACUAUGCUCCUCGUGUGGAGAUCAGGCAUUCUCAGUCACUUCCACAGGAAGGAGAUAUUCUCAAACUGGAAUGUGUGUCUAACGGAAACCCCUCGCCAGACCCAGUGAAAUGGACGAAAGAUGGGGGCAAACUGCCAGACUUGGACCGUGUGUUUGUUGACGGCAGAGAUCUCACUUUCAUAUCCUUAAAUAAAACGGACAAUGGCACCUAUCGCUGUGAAGCCAGUAAUCAUCUGGGCACCAACCAUGCUGAAUAUGUGCUCUUCGUGUAUGAUGCCCCCACUACACCCUCUCCACCCACAACUCCUCCCCAUGUAGCCAUCCUCCCAGACACUACCGAUCCAUUAGACUUCAAGCCCGACUCUGCAGUCACCGGUCAGAGAGAUCCUAAUGCUUUGGUCCAGCAUGGUCCAGAUCAUGCUCUGAUUGGAGGAGUAGUGGCUGUUGUUGUCUUUGUCACCCUGUGCUUAAUCAUCGUACUGGGACGAUAUCUGGCACGGCAUAAAGGCACAUAUUUGACAAAUGAGGCCAAAGGAGCUGACGAUGCCCCUGAUGCAGACACAGCCAUUAUCAAUGCAGAUGGUAACCACGCACACACAGAGGAAAAGAAGGAGUACUUCAUUUAGACUCCGCUCCACUCGCCUCUUUCUCUCUCUGUCUCUCUUUCUCUCUCUCUUUCUCUCACUCUCAUUCCCUGCUCCAUGUAGAAACCUUGUCUGGCAGCAGCGGAAGUUUCUUCUUUACUCAUGUCCUAUGUUCAUUAUUUGCAUUCAUCUUUUUUUUCCUUUUAUCAGCUUGUCCUGAAUUUCAUCUGCUACUUUUUCCAGACAUGGCUGCCGAUAAUAGUUGCCUUUAUUUUAUUUUUUUUAUUCACAUUGUUCACAUUGUGUCUGUAAAAAAAAUGAAUCGUUGGCCAAACCACCUGAAUCCAGUUCAAUACUUCACUUCAAUUCUUUCAGAAGUUCUCCUCCAUCACUUUCUCACAGUGCCUCAAUAUAAUAAUCAAACAUCCAUUAAAUGGUUUUAGUCAAUUCUUUCAGUUGGGUUGAGUGUUUUAGGAUUGGCUGCUUGCCUUUGUUUUUGUUUUUUUGUUUGUUUUUUGUUGUUUUUAUCUUCAGCACUAUUACACAGUAUCAUCUUUAAUGUACAUAUGUAUUUUGAUUUCUUUUUAUUCUUUACAGUCCAUUCUGUACACACUGUUGUCAUUUUUCUUCAAUUAAAAAAAUAUACAGGAAAACAUUUUCUUAUGAAAAGUAGCUGAUACCCAUUUUAACUUACAGAGAAAUACUGAUCAGUGAUUAGUGUGUGUUCCAUAGUGUGAGUGAAGAUAUACGCAAUCAGACUGAUAGCUCGCACUCAUAUUAACCAGUAUUUGUACCUGAAAUGUAGUUAAUGGCAAGAAGCCUAUAUGAUAGUUCAAGGGUCAUGAAGCAUCAGCUGAAUACUCCAAUGUUUUCCAUCAUUAAAAAAUAAAGCUAGUAUGAUAGAAGGCCAGGGGUUGUAGGUUAAAGACAUGCCAGUGACUUUAAUGAAUUUAAAUUUUUUUCUAUACUCAUCAUUUUGCUGUGUCUAUGUGAAAUACUGUGUCUCUGGCUCAUCUGUAUAUUCCUGCAUUCUCUCACUGAAACUAUAGGAUGCAGUGGCUAUGUUCACGUUACAGAUUUUUAUGCUCAAUCCCUUAACUGUUCACAUCUGCCCAAUGAACAGAUUUUUGCCAUGGAAAAGAAGUAAAGAAGUAGGCAGACAUCUUUAUAUAUACAUAGUAUAUAUAUAUCAUGUGUAUGAUUUAGCAACACACAAAAAAAUCAUAGUUCAAGACACUGUUAAGGUGAAACCAAAAAAGAUUUAAUACCUGUAGAUCAUAUAUAAAUUUAUAUAGUAGCAUCUCAUUCAGAGCGACUUGUAUGGCAAAGGUUCAAUGUGCAGAGAUUUUAGAAAACUCAACAGAGAUUUGUAUCCAUUUGGAUUUGGAGCCACAUACGAAAAUGGCCCAAAAUGUAAAGAAAUAUUUAUUUAAAAAAAGAAGAAGAAGAAGAAGAAGAAGAAGAAGAAGAAGAAGAAGAUCAGACUGUUGAGUAACAUUUUUCUUAACAGUUUGCUUUUCGAGAUUGAACAAACCACCAACAAUCUGUCAGAUGUAUGAUAGGAAUAAAAACGAAUUUUUAAACAUGUCAACAGUUUCAGCAACAGAAUAAACAUUUCCAAUUAAUAAGUAUUCAGCAAGUCUGUAUAAAUUGCAGUCUCUGAGCAGCUGCUUUGCUGAGUAAUAUUUAUUUGAAUACUUUAUAGCCAACUAUCACUAGACACACACUCUGCCAGUGAUAUUGGACUAAUAAUUAGUAGCUGGUUGGUUGCAAAUAGAUUUGAUGUGUUGCUGACUUUUAUAUUCAUGUAGCUUGUGAAAAUCAGACUUGUGCCACAUGUAGGCACAAUUUUUUCAGAUUUUUUUCAAUCUGUAAAGUGAACAUAAUAAACCAAUGCAUUGCCCUGGAUAUGUGUUUAUUCCUAUACACUCAGUUCAGCAGUUUACAUCAUGAUCAUCGACAUGAACGUGAAAUGAUAAAAUAUCAGUCAUGUUCAGUUACAGGAACACAAACUAAGGGUAACAGGCUCUUUAUCUAACUGUGUAACAAUGUUCAAACUACUAUAAUAAUAAUAAUAAUAAUAAUAAUAAUAAUAAUAAUAAUAAUAAUAAUAAUAAUAAUAAUAAUAAUAAUAAUAAUCAGUCCAGAAAGUCAUGAUGGUGUUUCCUGCCAUUUAUUCUCCACUUUUUCUCAUAUCCACAUCUGAUAAUUAGAUUAACUGUAGAAGCACAAGAUAGUUUGGACACGCAGAGUUAAUGACUGACGGUUAGUUAACACACACUGAUUAUGCUUGUCUGUGAAGAUUAGGAAACAUCACUGAUACUAAUCUUAAAUUUUAUAUUAGUGAACAUUAUGUAAAACAUAAACUAUGGUCAUUAUUAUUAUUAUUAUUAUUAUUAUUAUUAUUAUUAUUAUUAUUCCUUCUUUUGGAUCUCUGUAAUAAAUAGGUGCCCUUGUUAAUAUGGCUGUAUAUUAAUUCUGCUUAAUGUAGUAAGUAGUGAAAAUUGUUGUCAGAACAUUGGGACCCCACAUAUCAAGAAGUUUGUAUAUUAGCCUAUUAUUCACAUCAAUUAAAAUUAUGGUUUCUUUUUUGAUUGUUUGUUUAUUUGUUUGUUUUUGGUCCAUGGGGAUUCUUCACAAACACCCAACAUCUUUUUCUACACU